AUGGGCGAGACGGGUUUGACGCAGCAUAGUGUGGAGCGUGGCUUCUUCGCGGACUUGGGUCAUGCUACGGCCCCGCCAGUUGGCGUAGGUCGCGGCAGAGACGAUGCGGUAAGCGUGAAGUCAGGCGAGCAAAUCAGCGUGGGCGUCGAAAUCGCUGCAGUGGCUGAAGAUUUGUUGCACACCGGGAGUAGCGAGUUAGACAAGCGUGCGCAGCAGAUCGUCUGUAAUGCCGUCGCAAUCGGCGACGAAGGCGAGGCGCAGUAG